AUGGAGAUGUCGUCCAAGAGCCUGCAUAACGAGCAUAUCAAGCGGCCGAUGAACGCCUUCAUGGUGUGGUCGCGUGGUCAGCGUCGCAAAAUGGCACAGGAGAAUCCGAAAAUGCACAACUCGGAGAUCUCAAAGAGGCUCGGCGCCGAAUGGAAACUGCUGAGCGAGGGCGAGAAGCGACCCUUCAUUGACGAGGCCAAGAGAUUAAGAGCUCUUCACAUGAAGGAACACCCGGACUACAAAUAUCGUCCGCGGCGGAAGCCGAAGUCCUUGGUGAAGAAGGAGAACAAGUACACGUUCCCGAUGUCGUCGCUUUUGCCGCCCGGCGACGCUCUGGCUAAUCUACCGCGCGGUCUCCUGCCGCCGCUUGCGCCACCCACGCACCAUCCGCUCAUGUCGCGCGAGGACCUCAAGAUCCCCCAUUUCUUGCCGGCCUUCCCCUACUCGCUCUAUCCGCUGCAGCACAAGCUGAGCGAAGACUUCAACGGCGGCAAGUUGGCCGCCGACCUGGCCCUGCAAGCCUUCUACACCGGCGGCUCCUUUUAUCCGAACCACCACACGAUGCCAUGGCCGGCGAGUCUGUCGUCGGUCACCUGCCUGCAGCCCAAUUGCGACUGUCCGAGUCUGCCGAAGGAGCCGAAGAGGCCGUUUCCGCCGUCCAAGAUAGACGACCGGCCGUUCCCCAGUCCGGCUCGGGCCGACGACAACGCCGUGGUCGCGGAGCGAGAAGAGUCCCGGUACCGGAAGGUCCUCGAGGAGGACUUUCCCAUCGGGCUGGACAGACACCACCAUCAUCAUCAGGAGGACCGUUCGCAGGAUCGCUUCUCCUCCUCGUCGUCUUCCUCCCCGCCCACGGAGCCGGAGAAGUCGUCGACGGCGACGACGUCCUCUUCGUCUACCUCGACCUCGAGCGGCAACCGAGUCGACAGCGCCUUCUCCGUUCAGAGUCUCACGUCGUCCGGCGGCUCGAACUCAAUCUCGCAGCGCGGCCACGUCAUAUGA